AACUUCACACACAGUCACAAAAUUACAAUCUACGAUCAUUUUCAUUCUGAUUCAAGGCGAGACUCGUGUGUUGUUUACAAGUGAAUUCAAUAGAAUUAACUAAAGCAAAUUCAAUUAUUUUUUCACAAGUUAAUCAACCCAGACUAUAUACAACAAAUCUGUGCGAAACACUCAAUUUGAAGUGUAAAUAAGUGUUAAAAAGCUUUGCAAGAAGAUUUCGCAGCGGUUUUAGCAAGCAAUUUGAUGACAUUAUUCGAGUUGGACGAAUUCUUAGACAUGCCACCAGUUAAGCGAGGAAGGCGAGGAGUUAGUGGAGACGAGGAUGACGAGGAGUACAGGAAAAAGAGGGAGAGAAACAAUGAGGCUGUUAAGAAAAGCAGAGUGAAGUCCAAGCAGCAGACACAGGACACAUUCUCCCGAGUCAAGCGACUUAAAGAAGAAAACCAACAACUGGAAGACACCACCAAACGGUUGACCAAAGAACUGGAGUUACUGAAGGAGCUCUUCAUUGCUACUGCGGCCAACAAAUCAAACCCCAAGUUUGAGGGCAUGGACCUUGAGAAACUGCUGGAAGAUACUCCCGAAGUUAAGUUUUAGUUGUGUUUCAAUAAAGCUGUGUUUAUUGCGCUCUACUGAUCUAGAAAGUACUGUUAGAAUAUUAUGUUGACUUAAUUAGUAUUAAGGUUUUUUCUGUGUUUUACAUACACAUCACAUCAGAACAAAGUCGAGACUAGCAUUGACUAAAAAUACUGUCGCUGUUGAUAAUUAUAUUAUAAUUAUCCAGUAUUCAUAUACGUAUAUGUAGUUUUAGCAAGACCUUUUACAAUUUUAAGAUCAAUUUCUUACUAAGAAAGGUAGUAGAAACGUAGACGUUAAUUGUACGAAGUACUUCUUAAGAUAUUCGACUUAUACCAUAAGUACACUAUCCUAGGAAUAAAUCGCGAAUUUAUCUCUGAUAUAUAAGCUAGUAUUGCAUGUUAUUUGAGAUCGAUCUGUGAUUUUACUGUGAUUUAUUUAUUUAUAAGUCGAAGCAAUAUGUAUUCAUGUUAUGUAAUCAUUAUUUUGUACGGUUUAUCCAUAUGAUAGCUGCACUUACCCGUUGAAAAUCAUCCCCUAAAUUUGAUCAUACAAAGUAGUCUCUAAACAUUGGAAAUAACGUCUAUAAUGUAGGUAGUGGAGAGCGGUCACCGGUGACCGCUUGGGGAUAUACGGGUUAAAAACAUUUUUGCUGAGUCAUGUAUAGGGUCGGAAUGACCUUGGGAAAAGUGACUCACUUAUAAAAUUUUGACCAAGGUCGUUUUUACGUUGUGUCAGUUCUAUACAUUUUGAUUUUUUUUAUUGUAUUGUCUAUGACUAGUGUUUAUGCAGUAUGUUUUGUAUGAGACAAUGAUGAUAUUUUCUGUGCAUUAAAUGUUUCAUUAGCCGAUGUAUGUACACUUGUAAGUUGAAAAAGUCUUUGUGGUGUUUAUAAGGUGGUUUUUUGUACAAAUAUUUUUAGAACUUCUUAUGUUUGGAUAAUCUAUUCUCAAAGCUUUCAAUAAUAACUCAUAGAAGGAGGAAGAAGUAAAUAACAGUGCUAAAAAAAGUUACAUGAAAAGCCGUCUAGACUAUUGUUUUCGAUUGGAAUUUUAUUAUAAUCUGUGAUAGUUUAGUUCAUACGACACAAAUAUUACCCGCCAAGGUUCGUGUCUGCUAGAACGGGAUAGUAGUAACGACUGUUUUGAUAGCCAUACUAAGUAUUCGCUGUCCUUCUCGCACUUUUCAAAAUGGCUACGAAUUUUGGCGGGUUGUAUGCACAAAAUAUUUCUGAAUAAAAUUAUGGGUGAAAUGUGGUAUAG